AUGGGGCUGCGCGGCCGGGCGGGCGGGGCGGGACGCAGCCGGGGCCGCGGCCGGAGGGAGAGAGGAGGCGGCGGCGGCGGCGGCGCGGAGGGUCCCGGCAGCCGGGUGAGCGCGGGGCGGGCGGGGCGGGCGGGGAGGGCGGCCGGCCUCGGGGGCGGAGGGGCGGAGCGGCGACUCUCGGGGCUCCGUUUCCCCCUCCCGCCCCCGCCCCCUCUGUCUGUGGGUCACGCAGGGGGGGGGGAGGGGCCCGGCGACUUCAAAGGCAGCCUCCCCUCCGGACGCCGCUCUGUGGGGGGGGGGACACACGGGCGCCCCCUGCUGGGCCGGAGGGAGACCGGCCGGCCCCCCAUCUCCGGACAGAGGCCCUCGCGGGCCGCCUCCUCCUCCCCCCUGCUGCUCCGGCGAGGCCCGGGGGGGGGGCGCCUGGAGGCCGCCUGCUGGGAGGGAGGGAGGGGGCGACCCCUCCUUUGGCCUGGAGGAGCUGCUCGGCUUCUUGCCCCAACUGGGCGCCCGGCAAGCAUCUCCGCAGCUUGGGGGGGGGGACUCCUGCUCUUGCCCCCUCCCUGGCCCACCUGGGCGCCCCAUCUCUGCUCCCCCCUCCCAGGCAGGCAGGGUCUGAGAGGGCCUGGGGGCGAGAGGCCUGGUCCUGCGCUGCCCAGGCCCCCACUUCCUGCGGGAGAGGAGGGGGAGCCCCAGGGGCUGCAGACCCCCCCCAAGUAGCCCCCGAAAUGCCCCCGGGCUUCCUGUCGCCCGGCUCUGCUGCAGCAGGAGGCUGGUUCCUCUUCCCUUCCCAGAAGGAGGCGGCUUCCUCAUGGGCUGCUGCUGCUGCUUUUGCUCUACCAGAACCUGGAUGGGGAGCCACAACCCCGGACUCGCCUGGGGUGGGCAGCACCCUCAGCCCCCCCAGUGCAAUGGACAGGUGGGGCGCUGCAGAGGGGCAGUUGGGGGAGAGGCAAAGGAAGGGACUUGGUGUGGGGCAGCUGCCUGGUGGGCUUGCCAGCAUAUGGGGUUUGCCAUGCCUGAUGGAAGCCUCUGCCCAGGCAUUCAGGGCGGGACAUUGGAGAAACACCUCCUUCUUUUAAAAAGAGCCAGCAGAAUGCAUGCAUGUGGGCAUCCGGAACAGAUGCAGCGCUAGCUAAAUCUCGGGUUCGAUCUGCAGUGCCCUUUAUUUCAGGGAUCCAUCCCUGGGAGACCCAGCUCUCUGGGCUCACUAACAUGAAAUAGUUUAGCGCCUUCAUCUUCACCUCUCUUAAAAACUAAAGGGCAGAUCAUAAUGGUCAACUGUGAUGCCCUUAAAAUAUAUUCAACUUUUCUUGGAAAAACAGAUUGGGUUGGAUGUAUUGUGUAUGUUGCAGCGUGCUUUAUUCCCCCCCUCCAAAAAAAAAAAAGACCUGUUCAAAAACUUGCACAGCACAUAAUGACCCACAUCUCCUGGCAAAACUAAGAGUCGGUCAAAUAAAGCUACUGAAGCCUAGAGCCGCAGCAGCAGCAGCAGCAGCCAGGAGAGGGUUAAGUGCGCCUGGCCUUGAAUCGGAGGCUGGUGGUGAAGGGGAGGCAGGCAGAGGCACCAGCUGCUCUGGCCCCGGCAAGGCAAAGAGGUGCUGAGCCCGUGUCCUCCCUGGCAUCCCUUGGGAGGGGGCCUGGCUGGCUGCUGUGGUCAGGAGAGGGGCUCCUCACUUGCCUGCGCUUCCUCUGGGGCAACUCCUGGGCAAAAGAGCAGAGCUGGGGCAUCCGGGUCACCCUGCCCUGCUUCCUUGCCAGGCUGCCCUCCCAGUGGCUUCCCAGCUCUAGGAAGGUGGGGCCGGGCAGUCUUUGGGGGCAGCCCAGAACUGGACCUGGCCAGGACAGCAGGAGGUGGCGCUGGGUGCCUCUGAGAGCAGUGCCCCUCCUUGCCAGGUCUUUGUUGGAAGCUGGGUGGGGGGGGCAAAGAGCUUGCCUAGCCAGGGGGCUGGCUCUGCUUGCCAGGGCUUUGGGCCUUUGUCUUUGGGCCUGUGCAGAGGCUGGGGCUGCUGGCUCCUCGGAGUGCCCGCUUGAGGGGGCAUCUCUUGGGCAGAAGCCCCUCUGCCCUGGAGCUGACUUGCCUUUCCCCUCUGGCUAGGUUUGGGAGGCCCAUUCCUCGCCCCCACCUGUGAGGUGGCCGUCAGCCAGGAGGGAUGCCACCCCCGUCGGACAUUGUCAAGGUGGCUGUGGAGUGGCCGGGGGCCAACGCUCAGCUGCUGGAGAUUGACCAGGUGACGGGCGCAGGCCGACUUUAAGGGCAUCAGAAGAGCUGCUGGAUCGGGCCGGGGGGGGAGGGCAGGGACCACAUCUAGCACCCUGUUCUCACAGUGGCCAACUGGGGGGUGGGGCAGAGCUGAGCCCACGUGGCUAGUAGCCAUUGAGAGCCCUGUCCUCCUCCCAGAAUGGGUCUGACCCUGGUGGCCAAGCUGCUUCCUGUGGGAGGGAGUUCCAGAGUUCCACUCUGCUCUCUGCUAAGAAGGGUUUUCUUUUCUCUGCCCUGACUCUUUCAACUGUCAGCUUCCUGGGGUGUCCAGGCCUUCUAGUGCUGAAUGGUGGGUGGGCCGGGGGGGGGGCUGCUGAUCACCUGCCGUCCAGAGGAGAGUUUCAGCUCAGGCUUCUCUUUCUUCCUCCUGCCUCUCUCAGAAGCGGCCUCUGGCGUCCAUCAUCAAGGAGGUCUGUGACGGGUGAGUGGGAACCACAACUGGCUUCAUGGGGGCCACGCCAGCCUCUCUCCCCCCACUCCAGCCAGCUGCUUGCUUGGCGCUCUGCAGCUGCUGGAUCCCCUCCUCUGAGCCCCUCACUUGCUCUUCCGGCUCCUGGGUGUGGCUCACCUGCCCCCCCCCGCUAGCUUGCUUCCUGAGGGAGGAGGCUGACAUGGUCCUCCCCCCCCCCCCUUAGGUGGUCGCUGCCCAACCCAGAGUACUACACGCUGCGCUACGCAGAUGGGGCCCAGCUGUACAUUACAGAGCAGGUGCGUGGGAGCUGCUUCCUAACCCCUCAUCCAAAAAAGCAGGGAGCGGGCCAUGGGGUGCCAGGCAGCUCCUUGCAACUCUGAUCAGGAUGGGGGCCUUGGAGGAAACCCACAGAAGCAGACCAGGAGCCCCGCUGGGGGGCCUCCGCUCCUCUCCCAGUCGUGCUAAGCAGCCCCCCCUUCUUGCCUUGCAGACCCGCUGUGACAUCAAGAAUGGGACCAUCCUCCAGCUGGCGGUUUCUCCAGUAGGUCUGGGCUGCCUCUGGGGGGUGGGGGGUGGGGGGUUCUUUAUUCCCCUUGCAGGAUUUGGAGCCUGCUGGCUGGCUUUGGGCUCAUGGCACGAGGCCACCUCCUCUUGUUCUCUCUCUCCUGCCCGACUGAGGGGAGCCCUCUGGAGGGGUUGGGGGUUUGCAAGGGGCUAUCUGUUGCCCUGCCCCCCAGUCCAGGGCCGCCCGCCAGCUGAUGGACCGGACGCAGUCGCACAGCAUGGAGGCUCGGCUGGAGGCCAUGAAGGAGCUGGCCAAGCUCUCUGCAGACGUGACCUUUGCCACAGAGUUCAUCAACAUGGACGGCAUCUCGGUGCUCACCCGCCUCGUGGAGAGCGGCACCAAGCUCCUCUCCCAGUAAGUGGACAUCCAGCGCCAGCAGCGCUCACUUCCCUGAGGGUCUGUCCUUUAAUGUUGACAGUUCUGGCCUUCUCUUUGCUCCAGCACUGCAGCCAUUUGCAGCCCCCCAGGGCGCUCUUGGUUGGGGGGGGGGGCAGCUGCCUCAGGGCUGCCAAGAGGGCAGGGGAGGCAGCAGAGACUCGGGCGCCACCUCCUUGGCAGCGUUCUCUUUGCUCUUCCGCAGGACCUGGCUUGGGUGCUCUCUCUCUCCUCCUGGCAUGGGAGGUGGCAGCCAGGGGCAGCCGGGAUUUGAUGCUGGUCACUGGGACACCCAGGGGCGCAAAGAGGGAAAAGGCCACCGGCUAGAAGACAAUCCUCCCAGGCCUGGGUCUUCUCCCCAUUACUUAAUGUUGUAAUGUAAGAACAUAAGACCCCCCCCCACUGGAUCAGGCCCAAGGGGGCCCACCAAGUCCAGCAGCCUGUUCUCACAGUGGCCAACCAGGUGCCCACCUGCGGUUAUCGGCAACUGGGAUUCAGAAGCAUGGCUGUCUCUGACUGGCAAAGCCGAGCCACCCAGUGUCCUCUUCUCCUCCAGGACUUGGUGUGAUCCACUCUGAAAGCCUUCUAAGGCGAUGGCCAUCAGUUUAGUUGCACUGUGCGAAGAAGGACUUUGUGUUAUCAAGCCCUGGCGUUAGAAGACAGGGAGGAAAACGUUUCUCUCUCCACUUUCUCAAUUCCAUGCAUGAUUUUACAAACUUCCAUUGUGUUGCCUCCUACAUUUUCUCUAAACAGGCCCAAACGCUGCCACCCUUUCCUUAGCCAAGCCUUCCUAGAUGUGUAACUUGGUUUGGCUUUUUAAACUUGAUUUUAUCUGCAUUUUGGUAAUGGCAUCCUGCCUGCUGUUUUCGAAGUCUGUUUUCAUUGCUGUUUGUAAUGAAUAUUUUAUGGUAUUAUAUAUACCAUUUAAUAUGGUUUUUUAAAACUGCUGAAUAGUUAAUUCAAUAUCCACGUUGGCUUUUAGUGGGCAAGCGCAGGGAGGCCUUGAGCCUCUUGGUGGCCUGAGCAAAUCCUCCUCUGUCACUGCCAGCCUUGGCUGGCUGGUCGCUCUGACUGCCCGGCCUGCUUUGCCCUUCCCUUUUCUGCUCUGCUUCUCCAGACGGCAGCACAUCCCACAGGCGGAUGGUGGAGCCACAGAGCAUGGAGGGAGCGCGAAUUCCUGCCUCUGGCCUCUGGGUUGCAGGUGCUGAGGACACUAGGAGGCCCCAGAAGCAGGCGGCUGCCUUUCCCACUGCCCACUAAGUGCUGACGUGAGACCGCCAAGACGGUGCCCGGUUGCAGCUCUGCGUCGCCCAGCAGAGUGACUCUCUGGAGGGGCUGCCUUGCCCAGCCAUGAGUGGGGAGCGAGGGAGCCCUGAGGGUGCCUCCCCCCCUACUGAUCUGCCAUCCCCUGUGCCCCCUGCAGCUACAGUGAGAUGCUGGCAUUCACCCUGACAGCCUUCCUGGAGCUCAUGGACCACGGCAUCAUCUCCUGGGACAUGGUGUCCAUCAGUUUCAUCAAACAGGUACAGCCUCUGCGAGUGCAGGUGGCAGGGCUGGGCGAUUGCUGCUUUUCAACAUCUCACCCACUAAACAUCACAAUGUACCAGUAUAUUAUAGAAUCAUAGAAUAGAAUCAUAGAAUCAUGGAGUUGGAAGAGACCACAAGGGCCAUCGAGUCCAACCCCCUGCCAAGCAGGAAACACCAUCAGAGCACUCCUGACAUAUGGUUGUCAAGCCUCUGCUUAAAGACCUCCAAAGAAGGAGACUCCACCACACUCCUUGGCAGCAAAUUCCACUGUCGAACAGCUCUCACUGUCAGGAAGUUCUUCCUAAUGUUUAGGUGGAAUCUUCUUUCUUGUAGUUUGGAUCCAUUGCUCCGUGUCCGCUUCUCUGGAGCAGCAGAAAACAACCUUUCUCCCUCCUCUAUGUGACAUCCUUUUAUAUAUUUGAACAUGGCUAUCAUAUCACCCCUUAACCUCCUCUUCUCCAGGCUAAACAUGCCCAGCUCCCUUAGCCGUUCUUCAUAAGGCAUCGUUUCCAGGCCUUUGACCAUUUUGGCUGCCCUCCUCUGGACACGUUCCAGUUUGUCAGUGUCCUUCUUGAACUGUGGUGCCCAGAACUGGACACAGUACUGUGUCCUGUCUGAAAUAAGGAUGGAGCUAUGCAGAGCCCUCGGCUGGCUUCACAGUUUCCCCCUCAUUGUGAUUUUUGCUGGCUCCUGCUCUUGGGAUUCGCUGCCCUUGCAUGAGGCAGGGGAGAGCUCAGCUGGCAGAGUUAACAGGGGCUGCAGGAACUGAGAGAAGCCUUGGCUGGCUUCGUGGUUUUUCCUGCAUCGUGAUUUUUGCAUAGCAACCGUGAUUCGCGAUAUAUUGCCAGGUCAAAAACAACGAAACUGAUACAGUAGUACCUCGGUUCUCAAACUUAAUCCGUUCCAUAAGUCCGUUCCAAAACCAAAGCGUUCCAAAACCAAGGUGCGUUUUCCCAUAGAAGGUAAUGCAGAAUGAAUUAAUCUGUUCCAGACUUUUAAAAACAACCCCCGAAACAACAACUUAACAUGAAUUUUACUGUCCAAUGAGACCAUUGAUCCAUAAAAUGAAAGCAAUAAAUAAUGUACUGCAGUCACACAGUCAGUAGCUGAACUGGGCUCCAGACAAAAGAAGAGCCACAAAAACAAGACACAAAAUAAAUAGCAAAAACAGACAGACCUCAGUGUAGCACUCAAAACAGAAGUGUAACACUCAAAAUGGAGCACGUUCGGCUUCCAAAAAAAAGUUUGCAAACCGGAACGCUUCCGGGUAUGCUGUGUUUGGGUUCCAAAUUGUUUGAGUACUAAGGCGUUUGAGAACCAAGGUACCACUGUAUCGCAAAAUGGACUUCAAACCAGUUUAGGCAACAGUCCUAGCAGGCGGCACAGGAGAAGGGGGGCUCCCUGGGCAGGGCAGUGGGCAUGCAUGCCUCUGGCGCUCAGCGGCCUCUGCCUCCCUCCCCCCCCAGAUUGCAGGCUAUGUGAGCCAGCCGACGGUGGACGUCUCCAUCCUGCAGCGCUCCUUGGCCAUCCUGGAGAGCAUGGUGCUCAACAGCCAGAGCCUCUACCAGAAGAUUGCCGAGGAGAUCACCGUGGGGCAGCUCAUUGCUCACCUGCAAGUGUGAGUAGCGCCUCCAGCACCGCACAUCCUGUCAGGGGGGGAGGAGGUGGGGAGCCGCCUGCCACUCACCCCGCCCCCCUUGUGCCCCUGCAGCUCAAACCAGGAGAUCCAGACGUAUGCCAUUGCCUUGAUCAACGCCCUCUUUCUGAAGGCCCCGGAGGACAAGAGGCAGGUGGGUGGCCGGGCAAGGGGGUGCCAUGGGGAGGGAGGGCACCAGCCAUUGCACUCCUUCGCUGAUGGGGGGCAGGGGGGAGGAAGGCUUCCUCCCCAGGUGGUGACUGGCCGGUCUGUGGAUGUGCUGCGUGGCACUGCGUCUCUGUCUGCCCGUCCCCCGUCCCCCGCCCGCCUGCCUGCCCGCCCUCCCUGCGAGGGUCUCUGUGCUGACUCUUCUGCCGGCUUCUCUUUGUGUCUUUCUGCUUCCUGUUGUCCGCAGGAGAAGCUCCUUAACCCGCUAGACCUGCCUUGCACUGUAAGUAAAUCCCUCAGACCAGGAGGUUCCUCUCUAAGAGCACUGGUGUUUUCUCUCUUCAGAGCCAGAAAGCGGGGUGGAAAUGUCUUGGGAAUAAAUAGAGAGAGAGACCCCCGUACCCUUCCUCUGCCUCCGCCUCAGAGGCAGCCUUCUCCGUCUCCGUCUGUCUCCGUCUCUGCCUGUGUCUGUCUCUCUCUCACACAUCUAUCUGGCUUGCACACCUGGCAUGUGUCCACAGGGAGAGGAGAUUGUGGCCGCCUUCUCCUCCCUGGUUCUUUGGCUGCUGAGGCAUUUUUGCCCUCCUGGACAAGCUGGGCUGCAGCUCCUGGCUAAUCUGGAGAGGGCAAAACCAGGGUGAUUCUUUUUCUUCCCCGCUGCCACCGCUUGGGUCUGUUGUUGCAUCCUGUGGGGUGUGUGCUCUGUGGGUGCACAGGGACGGGCCCAGAGGGAGUGCAGGUGGCCUGGGCUCCUUGGCGGGGCUGCUGAGGUGGGGGCUUUGGGGUGCAGCUUUCCUCCAGCUGCUGCUGCAGCUGCUUUGGGUGAUGGACAGCCAGAGGACUCUCCAAGGGUGGGAGCAGCCCCUUUGCUGAAUGGCUGCGUUUCCUGUGCUUGGAGCAGGCUGCCACGGCACUGCUAGGCUGCUCAGCACCCUUCUCCCCCCCCCCCCCCAGGAGGUGGGGCACGGUUGGAGUUUCCUCUCUCUCUCUCUCUCUCUCUCUCUCUCUUCUGUCAACCCCCAACAGGAGAUGGCCAAUGCCUUUGCUCAGAAGCACCUGCGCUCCAUCAUCCUGGCAGUGAGUAGGACCAGGCUUCAGCCUUGACAUAGCCUUGCCUCUGGGCAACCAUCUGAACCCCGUCUUGGGGUGCCCAGUCUUUGUGGUCCCCCCAUUGCACGGUCUCUGGCCUGCAGGCUGUGGGUGUUUCUGGGUGCAGAGGGUGGGGGCUCCUGUUCCCCCCAAGCAGGCGUGUCCCCCGCUGGUCAGGGGCCAGAAGGGGGACCUGGCCCUGCUCACGCAGGGAGGGGUUGGCAGGUGAGCCUCUUCCCUCUCCUCCCGCAGCACGUCAUCCGGGGCAACCGCCCCAUCAAGACGGAGAUGGCCCAUCAGCUGUACGUGCUGCAGGUCCUGACCUUCAACCUCUUGGAGGAGAGAAUGAUGACCAAAAUGGACCCCAGCGACCAGGUGAUUGGCAGGACUGUGGCCCCCUCCGUGUGAGCGGCAGCCUCCGCGCUGGGCUCACGCUCUGCCCUCUCUCCUCGCUCGCCAGGCCCAGAGGGACAUCAUCUUUGAGCUGCGCAGGAUCGCCUUUGACGCCGAGUCGGAGAGCAACAGCCUCCCUGGGGGCGGGACAGAGAAGAGGAGAGCCAUGUACACCAAGGACUACAAGAUGCUGGGCUUCAUGGUAGGCAGCCCCCCAAAACCCUCAGGCCGGGGGGUGGGGCAUCUCCUCAUUCAGCAGCCUGUUCUCCCCACGGUCAAGCAAGUGCCCCAGAGGGAACCAGCAGGCCAGACCAGAGCACGAGAGCAGCGCUUUCCCCUCCUGCCGUUCCAGCAACGGAUAUUUGAUUCAAUUUCAUAUUUAUGGUCCACUUUUCCAGCCACAAAUGUGGAGCUCAAAGCAGCUCACAAUCAUCACAAUAACGUUAGAAAACAACAGACAUUGCAGUUGCUAUUCUGUCAAACACAAUAACGUGUCAGUAAAGCAAACAAUAACAAAUUCAUCAAAAUGAUUAAUGCAAUUAAGUAAAUUUAUAGUAUUUCAAAAUGCCAGAAAAUAUCAGAAAUCGUUCAUCAAAACUAUUAAUGCGAUUAAAAAUUCCCAAACUUGGGUCUCCAGCUGUUUUUGGACUACAGUUCCCAUCAUUGCUGGCCACUGGUCCUGCCAGCAAGUUUGCUAGCCCUCUCUUGGAGCUAUCCUGUGGGAGAGAGUUCCACAGUUGAAUUUUCCACUUCCUUUUCCCUGCCCUGAAUCCCUCAGCAGUGGGGACCCCUUGGGGGCCGCUCCUUUCUUCUGCUGCUGAUGGCAGCCGUUGGUUUUUCUCCCGCGUAGAACCACAUCAACCCUGCCCUGGACUUCACCCAGACCCCGCCGGGGAUGCUGGCCUUGGACAACAUGCUCUACCUGGCCAAGUGCCACCAGGACACCUACAUCCGGGUAAGCGGGGAGGGUGUCCCCCUGCGAAGGCCGAGGCUCCUGGACCAGCCCCACCCCCUCACUCUGCUCCCUUCCUGCCCCACAGAUCGUCCUGGAGAACAGCAGCCGGGAGGAUAAGCACGAGUGUCCCUUUGGGCGCAGCGCCAUUGAGCUCACGAAGAUGCUGUGCGAGAUCCUGCAGGUUGGGGAGCUGCGUAAGUGAAGUCGGAUGGGGGGGGGGGAGCACCCAGAGUCUUCUCUUGAGCACUUGUGCCAGAGGGGACCCUGAAGCUGCCUGUGCAGGAAAGUGGCCCCUGGACCGAAAGGCCCCCCCCCACCAGGGAAUUUACGUUGCUUGUGGCCACGAUGCCCCUCUUCCUCCCUGGUGCUCCCCCCGAGGUGCCAUCCUGGCUGUUCUGACCUCCCUCCCUCUCCCCACCCAGCCAACGAGGGCCGCAACGACUACCACCCCAUGUUUUUCACCCAUGACCGCGCCUUCGAGGAGCUCUUUGCCAUCUGCAUCCAGCUGCUCAACAAGACCUGGAAGGAGAUGCGGGCCACGGCAGAGGACUUCAACAAGGUGGGGUGGCCGUGGGGCAGAGGCAGGGGUGGGGGGUGGAGGCGGCAGCUGCACUCCAGUGGGCAGGGGUCUCCUCCCCUCUGCCCCUGGCACCUACUCCUGCCUUCCGGCCCAGCUGGGCUAUCUCCCCUCCCCCCUCCUCCGUAAGAACAGAAUGCUCCACUGGUCUGGCCCGGGGAAGGGGGGGUCACACUUUGAAAUAGCAGGGAAACCAAGAGACUAGCAAGCAAAAGCGCCUUGUAAGGACCCAGUUGAUUAAAAGUAUUGCACAAUAGGGCAGCCUUGCCAGCGAGCAAAGACUGCCAGAAAGGACAUUUGAACAAAGCUUUUAUUGGUAUGCAUCACAAAACAUCAUGGUAUGUAUCAAAAGAGGUUACAGGUCAAGGAGUGUCAAAAGUCCGGCUCCGCUCUGUUUUCAUCUUUUGUACUUGUCUUCUGGCCUUCAGUAAAGAAAGGCCUGUUGACAUUCCCUUAUCUUCCUUCCAUGUCCCUGGAAUGCUUCAAGGAGAAGCUUGCUUCGCCCUCCCGACUCUAAAUAUACCUCCUUGGCUGGCUGUUGGUGCCCUUCUAGUAAUACCAAUAAGCUUCCCACCCUCCAGGGUCAGAGAAGCAUGGAAAUGCCAUGCAGGAGGGAGGCCUGUGAGAUUUGCAAAAGGCAGGAACACGAGAAUCCAAUCACUUGUGGAUACAUUGACACAUCAUCCUAUAAAAGCGUGAAACAACUCGAGCCAAAUUUGUACUGAGUCUAGCCCAGCAUCCUGUUUUCACAGUGGCCAGCCACAUUGCCCAUGAUGGGAGGCCCAUGAGCAGGAUCUGAGCGCGAGAGAACUUUUUCCCACCUCAGGUUUCCAGCGAGGGCCAUCAAGAAGCAUUCCUGCUACUGACCAGGGAGGCAAAGCAGAGCCACUGUGGUCAGUGGCCUCAAUAGCCCUUUCAGAGCCACCCAGGCCAUCCCUGCCUCCUGCAGGAGGAAGUUCCACAGGUUAACGAUGCUCUGCGUGAAGAAGCCCUUCCCUCCCUCGGUCGUUGGAUGUUCUCACACUUCUGGGAGAAGAGCUUCCCUCCUCGCCCCCCCCCCCGGUCUCCCUGCCAGGCGUAAUUUUGCCCCCCUCUCCCAGGUGAUGCAGGUGGUGCGGGAGCAGAUCAUGCGGGCGCUGCCCUCAAAGCCCAGCUCCCUGGACCAGUUCAAGAGCAAACUGCGCAGCCUCAGCUACUCGGAGAUCCUGCGCCUGCGCCAGUCGGAGCGCAUGAGCCAGGACGACUUCCACUCCCCGCCCAUCAUGUGAGCGGCCGCUUGGGGGGGUCAGGGCUGGGGGUGGCGCCUGGCAGGGGCAGCGGGGGUGCUCACUGGCUGCUGUGUGGCCGCCUCCCAGGGAGCUGCGGGAGAAGAUCCAGCCCGAGAUCCUGGAGCUCAUCAAGCAGCAGCGCCUGAACCGCCUCUGCGAGGGGAGCAGCUUCCGCAAGAUCGGGAACCGGCGGAGGCAAGGUGAGGGCAGCGGGGAGGAGAGGGCUGGGGGGGGGGAAUCCUGGCCACGGCUGGCUCUGCAGGAGGGGAGGGUUGCUCUUGCCUUUGGGUCCCCCUUGGGGGCUUCCCUCUGGGACAUGUGCUCAGUUCCUGUGAGGACAGGCCUGAUCCGGCUGGGCUAAUCUUAGGUCCUUAUGGAACCUCCAGCUCCAGAGGCAGUCUACCUUGAUUCCUAGAUUCUAUGUUUAGGGAAGUUUUUAAUGACUGAUGUUUUAAUGUAUUUUUUAUCUUUUGUUGGAAGCCGCCCAGAGUGGCUGGGAAAACCCAGACAGAUGGGUGGGGUAGAAAUAAAUCAUAAUCAUAAUUAGGCAUUUGGCCCCCGUGACUUGAUGCCCCCUCCCCCUUUGGGUCUUUCAUUCUUUCCAAACCUUUCCAAACAGAUGAUUUUCUCCUCCAGCAUAAAUCAGGAUCUUUUCAGGGGUGCCUCUUCGCUUGCCAAUUAUGUCCAGAUUCAAAGGUUAUUCCACAGCUCACCAUGGGAGCUUGCUGGGACUGUCCUAGGAUGGAGCCAUUGAGCCCAGCGCCCUUGCCUUUUCGUCUGGGAGACGGGGAUUUCCAUCCCUUCUCACAAACAAACAAAAAGGCAUUCACAGACGACUGCGGGUCGUGCACUUUUGAUCUCCUUGAAAGGUAUGGGGCUACAUGCCCCUUACCCCCCCAUUAGUCUCCGUCUGGGACCCCUCCUGGGCGCUAGAGCACCUGAGAGGGCAGCUUGCCAGGUUUGCUGCAAAACAGGAAGUCCACUUCUCCGUGAUUUCAGAGAAGCGGCCUCCCUGCCUUCUUAUGGGCCGUGUGCUGUUGUUCUCGCCCCGCAGAGCGGUUCUGGUUCUGCCGCCUGGCUCUGAACCACAAAGUGCUUCACUACGGGGACCUGGAGGACAACGCCCAGGGGGAGGUCACCUUUGAGGCCCUGCAGGAAAAGAGUGAGUGCCAUGCCAGGCCGGGGGGGGGGUUAGGUGAGGCACUGGGCAGGGGCUCAAUGACCAGCCCUCUGGGCAAGGGCAGCCAGCAGCCCCCGGGGGGCUUUCUCUGUGAUUCCUGGGGGUACCUCCUCCCAACUCUCUGGUUCUGUGGAAGAGGGAAGGGGCUUUCCCGCUGUUCUUGCCCAGCCUGACCAGCAGCCCCUGCCUCUCGCCCAGUUCCCAUUGCAGACAUCAAGGCCGUCGUCACUGGGAAGGACUGUCCGCACAUGAAGGAGAAGGGGGCUCUGAAGCAGAACAAGGUAGCUGGCUGGGGAGGGGAGGAAGACCCGGGGGGGGGUGUCCUUGGCAGGGGGUGGGGACUGGCCUCCUUGGCUCACCAGCCCUGCUCUCCCCUUCCCAUCCACAGGAGGCUCUGGAGUUGGCCUUUUCCAUCCUGUACGAUCCGGAUGAGACCCUGAACUUCAUAGCCCCCAACAAAUAUGAGGUGAGUCAGGAGUGAGGGGAAGCUGCCUUUCGCCCGAUAGAUGGCCCUGCUCCUGCAAUGCACUUCCUCCUCCUGGCGUGUCCCGUGGCUGCAGUUCUGAGUCAUUGAAUUGUAGAGCUGGAAGGCACCCCAAGGGCCAUCUAGUCCAGCCCCUGCCAUGCAGGAAUCUCGGCUCAAGCAUCCCUGACAGAUGACCGUCCAACCUCUGCUCAGUAACCUCCUGGGAAGGAGAGUCCCCCACCUCCCGAAGGGAGACCCUUCCACAGUCUAACGGCUCUUACUGCCAGAAAGUUCUUCCUGGUGCUUCACUGGAAUCUCCUUUCUUGUAGCUGGAAGGCAUGGGUUCGAGUCCUGCCCUCCAGAGCAAGAGAAAACAUGGGGCAGCCCUUGAGAGAUUUGACGACUGCUCUCAUAUCUCCUGUCACUUCCUCUAGGGAAAGGGCUGUUCUCUCUGAAGGAAGCCCAGGCCACUUGGGGCUUUCACAAAACCAGGGGAGAGCGUUUGUGGGUGAAGCAGAGACUGUCUCCUUCCUCUUGAGCCCAGAAAAUCGAAAGGAGGACUGAAAGGGGGUGGGGGCCCUGCCUUUUACCCAGGAGGCUUUCUUGUGCCCCUGCCCCCAGCUAGGGAAGCCAUCCCCGGUCUCCAUGUGGAGAUUCUUAGAACAAUCUCUGUGUCCAGCUGCCCCAUCUGGGCUGCUCUUCCUCCAUUUCCCCCCCGCUGCUUUGCUGCCUCUCUGCUUUCUUCAGCCCCCCGCCCUUGACUCUUUCCUCUCCGUCAACCUCAGCUCCUUUUUUCAAACCUUGCAAGGCUGACCAUGUAGCUGCCCACCAACUUCCUUCCUGCCUCCCUCUCUCUCUCCCUCUCUCUCUUGCCUGUCUCUGCAAAGCUGCUCAGUCUCUGAAGAGUCAAGGCGGGGGGGGGGGGGAGAGACAUGAAUCCCACCAUGGAAAAUGGAAGGGAGCUCAGUGGCUGAGGAGAGAGGGACGUGGCAGGGUUGAGGAGCCUGAUUUUCUUGCUUGGUUUUCUUCUGAAAUAAUGUGUAUUGCUUUCCAAAAUGAAAGGUUAUGCAAAAUUCUGCAAAUUGCAGUGUUAUCAGGCAGGAUCUGGUGGCAAUAUACAGUCCAUGUACAGUUACAGAUCACGGUCAGGUAAAAACAAGGCACAAAAUAAAACCCAAAGAAAUUAAACGGCAGGUCCGUGAGUGCGUGGAAGGGGGCAUAAUGGCAGAGACAUGAGACAAGGCGAGGGGGCAAGAUGUGGACCCCGUUAACUCAAGGGAAAGGAAGGAAGGUUAUUAGAUGCCAUUAUAUGGGAAGAUCUUUUUGGAUGAGGCCUCUGAGUCCGGCAUCCUGUUCUCACAGAGGAGAGGACUCCCUGGGAAGCCCUUCCUGGGAGGUUUGUGAGCACAGCUUGUCUGUCUGUCAGCUGCCAUUCCUGCAUGACCCCUGGGGUCCCUUCCAACCCCACAAUUCUGUGAUGAAGGAAGCGGGGGCAGGUGUGUCCCCCCCCGCAACAUGUCAGGGGGCAAGAGGAGGGGCAGCCAGGCCACACACCCCCUAUGGUCCCUCCUGGGGUCUCAGGUCCCUCCUCCCCUCCCCCGCAGUACUGCAUCUGGAUUGACGGCCUGAACGCCCUCCUGGGGAAGGAGAUGGGCAGUGACCUGACCAAGAGCGACCUGGACACGCUGCUCAGCAUGGAGAUGAAGCUGCGCCUGCUGGACCUGGAGAACAUCCCCAUCCCGGAGGUGCCCCCGCCCGUCCCCAAGGAGCCCAGCAGCUACGACUUCGUCUACCACUACGGAUGA